UCUUCCUCUCCCGCGACAAUGCACGGAGGAUGCCGCUAUGUGCUGCCGCAUCUCCCGCAGAGCGGUCGACGGCUCGCGUAGUGCACAGGUGCCGAAGUCCUUCGUGCGCGGCUUUUCUUUGGUGCCAGAUCUUCGUAAGCGACCCUUGUGGUGAAGCGCUGCGGCGGCCGUUCACAGCGUCGUCUAUUGGCCCAUGCACCGUGGCGGGAUCACGUUUGAAGUCUCCACAAUCUAUGUGUCCAGCAGAGCGACGGCGACGUGAGAAAGGCAGCCGCGUUUAGCGCGCCACUGCCGCCGUGUGCUUCGCCGGGAUACUGCAGAGCAGCAGGCGCUGCCUCGGCUGGAUUACGAUCGCGCGGUGUGGAUUUGCGACGACCGAGCACGGCUCUGCGACCGAGAGGGGGGAUCUGAUGGGCGGUCCUACGUAGUAACGGCGGCUCUCCCGCGAAGGCAUGUCUUCCUCGACAAGGCCCCCUGGCCGGUCCACCCUGGCUAGGUCCAAAAGCCUGCGCCUGCCCAGACCUACCAUGCAGCAGCAGCAGUCCAAGGAUGACUCAGCACAACCGGAAGGCAGCUGUCAACUGCGGCGUCAUGGCAGCAUGCGAGUCAUUGGUGGUGCGGCGCCGGCAGCGAUGAGUGCCUCUUAUCACGGCUCCCUACAGCCAGAGCCGCAGCCAGUGGCAGUACGCAAGCCACAGCCAGAGUCUGCACGCAAGGCACAGCUCCCACCACCGCUCCCAGGGCGCAGGCCCACCAGGCCAGAGCCUAAGCCUGUUUCUGCUGCAGCAGCAAUGGGUGUGGGCAGAGGCAGCCCCGACGAGGACGAGGCCGCCUUGAGAGAGCACUUUGCGCGCCUUGUCCAGGAACACGACCGGCUCCAGGUGAAAUAUGGCCGGCUGCGGGCGCACCUGGUGGAGCGCGAGUGUCGCAAGGAGCAGCAGCAGCCAGGCCCCAAGGGUCCCCUGGCGCCCAUCCCUGAGGACGAGGCAGACUCCCCGGACGGGGAGCUGCCUCCGUGUGUGCGCGACUCCCCACUCCUGAUGGGGCUGCACCUGGAAGCCCAGAGGCUGCAGCAGGAGCUACGCAGGGCACAGCGCGCCUACUGGGACCUGGUGUUGGGCAGUGACUGUGGGGAUGACUCGGCCGAAGUCGUGGUGGACCUGCUGUCGCAGCUGGAGAAAAGGGACACCGAGCUGUCGCGUGCUCGGGGCCGGUGCGACCGCCUGUCCGAGGCCCUGGCACAGAGCGAGCGAGAGGUGGCGGCAUGCCGGGAUGCCCUGCACGACUACCAGCUGCAGAUGGAGGCUCAGCGGGCAACCCACGAGGCACUGCGCUCUCACGUACACGACCUGCAGGUUCAACUUGGUGAGGCUCGGGAAGGCUGCGAGUUCCUGCAGGCAGAGCGUGCCACCUUGGCCGAGGCACAGCUAGAGUCCGAGGCCGAGAUGCGGCGCCUUCGCGGUCUCCUCGAAGCGGCCCUAGAGACCUCGCGCGUCCUCUACCAGCGGUGUGCCAAGCUCUUUGCAAAGUGCCAGCAGAAGAGCGUGCGGCUGUCCCAGCUUGAGUCACAGCUCGAGCGGCCCAUCGCUGAGGCCACGGGGCCCAGCGGUGGCCAGGCCCUGGCCCAGCUGUCGGCCAAGCUGCAGGCAUUCCUCAAGACCAGCGUGCUCUUCGCUGCUUCGCACUUGCAGCUAGACUCGGAGGUCUUGGAUGAAAUCAUGGAUGACCUGGAAGGUUCUGGUGACGAGCACUCGCCUGCCACUGCGCCACCCGUGCCACCGUACAAGGACCACGCCAGACCUGCGGCACUGCUGCCACUGGAUGCCUCCUUCGUCAAUGGAGACUCCGAACCAGACUCGACUUACGGCACGCCCAUUGACGAGCUUCCAUUGACGAGCGCCUCGGCCGAGCACAGCUCUCUGGUGCACGCCAUCUUGCAGGCGGCCGCAGGCUCCCAACUGUUGGGACGGGGCAACGGUUCCACUGAAGAUGCCAGCUUGGCCGUGAACGGCGAGAACGAAGUGCACGACAAAUUGGCCGAGCGAAGGAACUCGUGUGUCGUGGAGCGCACCCUGGUGUUGGGUGUGAGUGGGGAGGGUGGACUCCUCGGGGACUUGCCAACUGCAGGCUCGGUAGUCGACGAGGCAUGUCAUCAGUCUGCAAGGAGCCCCACUGUGUCUCAUACCAAUGGGUUUCAUGCAGACGAUGGGGCAGUGACAUUCAGGCCCAACCACUCCCUGCCCAAUGGCCUAAGUAGUGGCACGAGUGGGUCCUUGGACAAUGGUGUCGGCAGCCAAGGCCCCAGUGAUGAAGAUGCAGCCCAGUCGUCCGUUGUGGGCAAGCCCGUGGGCACGGUGCCGCCCUUCCGCACAGUGGCGGCCACCGACGGCAAGCUUACGGCCGGUGCUGGCAGUGCUGGUGUCGGCAGCCACGAGCGGGCCGUGGCGGAACUGGCGUCACUGUCGGGCAAGCUGGUCCGCAUCCACUCGCUCAUGCAGGCCCGUGUCCAGGAGCGCUUGCGCACUGAUCAUGAACAGAUUGAGGAGCUGAAGCAGAACUUGGACACCGUGUGCCGGCAGAAGUCGCAGUGCGGUCUCGAGGCUGGCGAGCUGAGGCGCCAGCGAGACCAAGCGUGUGACCACGCGCAGCGGCUCGAGCAACAAAUGGCCUCCCUCCAAGACAGCCACGCCCGAGAAGUGGAGCUGCUGUUCCAGCAAAUGGGUGACCUGAAGGAGAAGAACCGCUGCCUGUCGGCCGUCAACCAGGAGCAGGGUCGGCAGCUGCAGGAGGAGCUGUCCAAGAGGGGCUUCUCCUCCGAGGCGGAUGCCAUCUGUGCCAAGCUGCAGCUGCGCCAGGAGCUGGAGCAACUGCGCGAGGAGCUGCUGCUCAAAGACGAGCAGCUGCGCGCCUUGGCGGCCAAGUUUGGCCGCUUCCGCAAGGCAUACGAGGACAACUACCAGCGAGCCACCGACGACAUCGACAAGCUCGACACCAUGCUUGAGCGUGUCAUUGAGACACUAGAGGCUGAGCCCGAGGCCGUGUCCAGCUGCCCUGCGCUAAGGCAGCUACUGCACAACCUUCGCGGAGGAGGUGGUGCGGGUGAUGCAAGCACACCCCACCAGAGCCAACCAUCUGGUGGCAGCCUUACCAACCGCAAGACACCCACUGCUCUCUAGCAUCGCCAUCUUACACAGGCCGUCAUCUGCCAGUGAGGUAACCGCCAUCUUGUUUCUGCAGAGCCUUGCUUGCAGCGUUUGCCCGUCCACAAGCAUUGGGAACUGCUGUGCCCUUAUAAUGGCAUCCACGCACAACGCAUCCAGCCCAGUAGAGUUUGCCACUAGAACUGCCGCUCAUGUUUUGCCACGCCGCCCACUGAUAGAUUACUUUUUAGCAUUGUUGUAACAUGAGCGCGCUGACAUGCAUCAGCCUGUCAUUUUUUAUGCCUCUAUAGAAAAUUUCUUUUUAUUAGUUUACUGUUUGCCUCUCUUAGCUAUAGUUUUAGAUACAAAUGUUUGUGUUUUGUUUUUAGCUGUGAACAAAUGAUUUUAUUCACUCAGUUGCACCAUUUUUUGAUAUCAUGAAACUUAGUGUGUGUGCAUGUGUGUGUGUGUGUGUGUGUGUGUGUAUGGGUGUGUGUGUGCGUGCGCGUGUGUGUGUGUGCAAUAUACACAUAUUUAAUUAUAAUCCACACACAUAUUUGUAACCGAUCAAAGCGUAUGCAGGAAUAGGUGAAAAGACCAAGUGUAGGACCACAGAGGGAGAACGUGAAAGUGAAAAGUCCUAAUUUAUUCCCCCACAGUUCACCUCGUGACAUUCCGCACAAGUUGCUUAGAACCAGCACCGUCAGUGUGCUCUCAGGGUAGUUGCACCAUUGUCCACAUGACUUGCCGAUUGUUUGUCCCAACUACCUGUUUCACUUUUCUUAACUACCUGUUUCGGGACAGAGGGAAAUUGGUCCAACUCUAGGGAAAUUUUGAAGUUUUACGCCAGACCUUCCCGCUUUGUCUAGCAUUUGCAGGAAUUGUGAUUAUUGGUUGUGUCAUCUUAUUGUACCAAGUGUUGCAUAAAUAGGCCUACAUAACAUACAUUCCCACCCAAGCUUUGCGCAGAGGAGGUUGCACUUUGCAGUGGGUUCAGUUUAAUGGCACAUUUGUGAGCAUUACGUGCCUUGGGUGGCCGAGCUGGUUCAUUACAACGGCAGCGCAAAUGGGAUGGCGACACAGAUAAGAGAAGGACGCACAGUUGUUAUUUCAGCACUUGUCCCUUGCACUUCCUUUUUGUCGCCAUCCAUAUCAGCUGCCAUUAUAAGGAUUGCUUGCCUGUUUCAUUCCAAAGUGCGCGUCGCCUGCAGCGAUGGCACUAAAACAAUGUUGGUAUAGGUGCAGCGAAACAGUGACAUCAUCUGUCACCGCUAAAGUGAGAGGCAUGUUCUGUCAUAGCUGUGACAGAAUGUGUGACACCAUGUUUUGCUGCAGCAAUGGAAACACAUUUUUUUAAUGCUAUCGCACAGACAAUGCACACUUUGGCUUUAUUCCGAAUAAAAAAGGCAAGUAAUGCUUCCAAAAUGUGGUAAUAAACUGAAUACUGCCUCGGUGCAAAAUUUGGGUGAGAAUCAGCCAGCUGCAUGAGUCCUGUAGACCUAUUUAUGCAAGACUUCGUGCAUGUGUAUAUAUUUUCUGCCAUACCACAGUUGUCAGCUGGCACUGUAAAAGCUCUUGCAUAAUAGAAGAAAAUGCUGUAUUCUGCAAGCACAGGAGGUGCCUCCAUUAAAAUUACACUUCUGUUUUAUUUUUUUUUACACCAAUUGGGCUUUGUGUAAGUGACUGCUGUUGAAAACAUACCUCAGGUUGAGCAGUGUCUGCACAUAUUGUGUGUUGUAAAACAAAGUCAGCGGAAGAUAUUUACCCUAAAAUGUGUAUUUAUUGUGCAUAAAAAUCAAGAUAAGUUCAUCAUUGUGGAUGAACAACUCCAUGCUGCUUGCAGAUAUCAAGGGAAAUCUAGGGAGCUUUCUAUUUGAGUUCAGUUUGUUAGCACUGAGAGGCGUGGUACCAACCUCUCUCUCAGGCACCCUUGUGGUGACUGCUACGCGUGAAUGCUUCAGCUGGCCAUAGUAACAAAGCUGGUAUGGAGCUCAGGUGUCAGCCAGUGUGGCCGAAAUCCUACGUAAUUUGUUGAUUGUAUUUAUAGAAAUCAUGCAGCGCUUGUCAGCCUGCUGUUGUUUGUGAGAGCCCAGCCAGUCACAUGCUUGUCAACUCUACCAAAUUUCAGUCAAUCAAUACAUUUCGGUCUAUCAAAAACACAGAUUUUUCAUUUAAGAAUUAAGGUCGUUGAACAAUUUCACAUAUGUAGCUUAAGUUUUACGAAAAUAUGUUGUUGUCAAAGUUGUUUUAAAGUUCAUGAAAGAUGGGGCAGUGCAAGAUUGCAAGGAAUGCUCACAAACAAAAAUUGUGAUUGUAACUGCGCCGCCCUCUUGUGGCAGUGCAAGGCACCAUGUAAACUAGUGUGUACUUGCUUCGAGCAAGUUUAUUCGGAAAAUUCCUUAAGCAGGUGAAAUCCGCCGUAGCAAAGUACCUGAAAUAGUCACUGCGGUGUAAAAACAUGUUGUUUGUCAGCAUUUGCUGUCUGAAAUCAACUGCUGCUUGUGUGCAGCGUCUAAAGAUAAAUGACCGUUAAUAAAAUGCGCAUGUAUCCUUCGAAAGGUGUGAGCAAAUUGCAGGCAUUGAAAAAAAAAUGUGUACUAUUCCUCUCUCUCCCCCACCUUCUUGUCAAGCUCACGGGAUUAUUGUGUACCUUGAAGUUCACAGGUGGGCAGGUAUGCAUUCAUUCUGAUCAGCUGCAGAAACAUUGUUGACCAGUCUACAGUCGCGAUGUCCGAGAAAGCAUGCAUUGCUGCAGUCAAUCCUCCGAGCAGCUGAAAUCUGGUUGUCGCAAGUGACUUCACUCUGCCUCCAUAACUGUGCUCUGAAGGGAUCAUCUACAUGUCCCGAGUACACCUUUGUACAUUACAAAUGGGAGCACACAAUUAGCAUUGUAGCCAAGGUGUCCAUUAAAACAUAUGCUAAGUUUGGUCGACUCAUCUCCAAGGCAACACCAAAGGCGCGGACACAGAUGGAAGGCACAUGGCUGUCACCUGUGUCCUUGUCUUUAGCAACGCCUUGAAGAUGAAUAACCAACUUUGAUCAGUUGACUUACGGAUAAUGCAAACUUGGCUAAUACAAAAUUCUGGUACACUUAAAUAAAUAUCGCACUUUUUGUUGUGGUUCCAAUUCGUUUCAAAGCCAGCCAGUUCAAGUGAUAUUGGUCCGUGCAGUCCUUGCGUCUUUGCAGAGCAAGGUGGCCACAAUGGCCGACGAGAGAACAUUGACAAGGCACGAGUAGCAAGAAUGUGCUCAAUGUAUUCAGGCUAUGGGCAUCACUGCCACAUAGCACCGUGAACCGAGUGCCGUGCUUAAGGCUCAGAUGCUUUCCUCUUUCAUAAAAUAUCUGCACCUGAUGUGUUCAUAUAAGAACUUGUAAUUCCAUUUUGGACCAUAUUCGGGUAAUUGCCAUUUCUGAAAAACAAAAUCAGUGUCCCCUAGGUGCUUGAAUUAAUACACAAGUUGACUGUAGGUUUUCUCUUGAAUAGUCAGUCAGCCUAAAAGAAUAUAUCCACAUUCAUGCUCGACAUAGAUAGUUUCGCCACCUGAAUGCGAAUUAGGUGUUCCCUGGCAUAUUAUGUGUAACUAAGUGGCUGUACGAGAGAGUGUCUCGUGCUGUGGCCACAUUUUCCUAGAGUCGAUGUUAAGCGCAUUCUGCGUGCAUGCUCUGUUGUGUGUGUGUACAGUCAUUUUUCUUUUUCACCCCCUGUUACACUGUUGUAUUUGCCACUAGUUUAAAUUGCUUCUUCAAAGACCAUUCAUGGCAUGUCCCCUGCAACUUGACACAACUUUGUUUUAGACUUAAACACGAAACAACCUGUUUCUCUUGUCAAAAGUUCAGCUUGGCAGACGUGCACUCCCUUUUGGAAACAAAAUGAGGAGCCUUAAAGUGUCUGUACUGUCAAGAAAUGCUGCACAACAGCGUUCAUCAGAAUUGUGUUUCAGGAAUAGUUCAUUGUUGGGCUAGUUGGUUUUCCAUAACUGAGCAAGUAACUACAAGUUCUUACUGCGCCAAGUUACUUGUUCGGUUGUGUUUAAGGAAGUCGUGUGGUGCAUAUAAAACGGGCAGUCUGUCCGAUUUGCACCAUGAUGGCUUCCUCGAGCAGCAGAGUUAACGUUAAGGUUGUAGUCUACUGUACUUGCUUGUUUUUGGAGGUAGCGCAGUGUUAGUAUGACAUGAUGUGGCAUGAUUUGGUGUAGGUAACACAUGACAAACAAGUACGAAAACAGUGACACAUGCACAACAUAACGUUCAACCUUUCUUCAUGUGAACCUUGUGUAAUUUAUAUCAGGGUAUGAAAAAAUACACACAUCAUCCUUUUAGAAAUUCCACUUCUUUGUCUGACAUUGCGACUGAAGGCUUUGACAUGCAAAGGUCACCAUGGUGUGCUGUCAAUUCCACUGCAAUAAUCUUUGCAAUUAGCUGGUAGCUGAUAAUAACUACCAUUAUGAAAAUAUGUAACCGGCUAAUCGGAGAGACCAUUAAAGCAGAAGUGACAGCACGCCUUGGUGACCUUUGAAUGUCCAAGCCUUGAGUUGCAAUAUCAGGAAAAGAACUAGAAUAUUUAAAAGGAUGAUAUGUCGAUGUUUUGAGCAUGUGCUAAUAAUACACUCAGUAAAUGUUGCAAUGUUGAUGUUUAAAUAAUUUUAAAAAAGCAGUUGAAAGUUACCAUUAUGUCAUGUGCAGGUUUAGGUUUCUUCUGUUAUGCUUAUUUUUAUGGCUGCCUACAUCAAAUUGUGCAUUACCACAUCGCCCAAACCACGGUGUUUGUCAAGCAGCCAUUUGUGCACAAACUUUAAAGCACUUUUCCUGUUCAUGUGAUGGCCAAUGUGAUUAUUUAAAGCUGAUCACUACUUGCAGCAUGUUGAUAGGCAUACUUGUUUUAAUCUCUGCAUUUCAUCUUUGUACUUGAUCUCCUUUUGUCUUGUGAGGUUGUUCACUUGAGUGUGUUCAUCCACAGUUUUAAUUCACCUCUUUCUUGGUAGUUUCUCGUAUUUGUGGAUCAUACUGCGCAACAAUUUAUUUCAUGUCUGAGUUUCCACCACGGCUUCAGAUAACCUUGUGCAUUUUUUUUUCUAGAAAUCAAAAUGAUGCUUUGUAAGCUGCACUCUACUUGAGAAAGAAUAGCUAGGGUAAAUUGUUAUGGUAUCAGGUUAUGUAAACCUGGUGAUAUGAUUAACGCCUGGUUUUGGAAGUUACUUGAAUGUUUGCAGCUAACCAACUUUCAAGUUACCAUUGUUACUACAGGGUUCGUACGUUUUCUUGAAAUCCUUUAAAGCCACCGAAUUUGGAAACACAGAUUCAAGUAAAGCAUCUCGUAAAAAAAAUGCACAGUGGGAGCUUCAAGAAACCGUCUUAAUUUAAGUUUAAAAAAAAGUACAGGAACGCUGCACUUGCCUUAAUACUCCGAGGAACAACAAAUUCUUGCACAUCCUUGAAAAUAAACGUGCUCCUUGAAUGCCUUGAAAAUUGGGCUGGGGGUCACACUCGAAGUAACAAACUCUGCAUAGUGACUAUGCCAUGGACACUGUCUCUCGAGAAACCAACCUAGAUAUACUUUCUUAGAGUGCCGAUAAACAAUUGCAAUGUGGCAUUUCUACAGUCACCAAAGACAGGCUUGUUUAAAUCACCAUUGCCAUGGUGGAGCUAGACAAAGAUCAAACGACCAAGCCAUGCCACCAUUUUGUCACGACUAACCAUCAAGGCAGUUGGCAUAGUUCAAUGGGAAAGUCAGCUUAUAAAAAGUGACCUGAAAAGCUUGAAACUAUGUCCGACUCAGCAGCUGCUUAGCUGCAGGAAAUUGCAGCUAAGAAGGAUAUUAGAAGGGCACACAUUUGGGCCAGUUGGUUCAUGAUUACGAGAAGACGAAACAGCGCUGAAUGACAGGACGAAGGGAGAACAGAGACACGGGCGCUGACUAAAAACCAUGUGUUUUAUUGUUUCAGUCGUACGUAAGUAGACAGCCACUGUCACAAGGACCAUGCGCGGAACUUCAAAUUAGUAUUUAGAUAUCGUACCUGAGUUGCUAAUUUGAAGUUAGAUUCUGCGCAUGCUCCUUGUGAUAGUGGCUGUCUACUUAUGUACGACAACUGAAGCAAUAAAACACAUAUGGUUGUUAGUCAGCGCCCAUAUCUGUGCUCUCCCUUCGUCCUGUUGUUCAGCGUUGUUUUGUCUACUCGUAGGAAGGAUAUUCCACUACUUUUUAGUUUAUGUGCAGAAACAAUGUUUGCUUCCCACUCCUUGAAUUUUGGCCUCCGGCAUCCUUGAAUUGUCCUUGAAUUUUGAGUCAAAUGUGCUGUACGAACCCUGUCUUAGCUCUGUAUUCCAUUUCUGUCCUGUCUAGAUGAUGAUGUGGAGAUCUGCUUGCAAACAUAGUUGUGGCUUUGCAUUUGUUUUAAUAUGUGCCAACUCAAAGCACUGUUUGCAUGGCUUCCUCAAUUUAUGAGGCCAUGCCAAUAAUCUUUCUAUAUGAUCAGUGCUUAGGGCCAGUGUAGCUCUGCAUCUGCCAAAUCCUGCUAUAGAAGUGCAGUUUGUCUUGAGAAUUCAUUAAAGCACACUUGCCUCCUGUAGCAACACUUCUCUAGCUAUACCAAAGAACUUGCAGGAAUGUCAGCACAGCAUUUUUCGGUAUGUGGCUAACAGCACAGUGAAUCAUGUUUGGUCAAGAGAUGGUUGUACUUGAGUGGACAUUGUAUAGGUUUUGUUCAGGAACAAAAAAUGUUGAAUGUGUACUUUGGUACUAUGUUUUAGCCUAACAAGCUACAGCGUGGCUUUAUUAUCUACAAACAAAACAUUUUUGUGCAUGCUGGACACAAAACUGAAGUAAAGGUGCUUCACGCCAUUUUGUAAAGCACUGGUUAUUAGUUACCCAGUGAAUCCACAGCUUUUAAUUGUUUCUUGAUAGUAUGUACAGUCUGGUACACUUUCAAACAGAUUGAGUAACUUCUAAAAAAGCUUAAUAAAUUGUGAAAUUUUAUUGUGAAAAAAUGGAUCACUAGACAGAUCAUGAAAAUGUAAUCUGCUUACGUAAUUGUAUGCGAUAUUUCAGCAGCACUCUGCAGCAGGCCAUAUAGCCUUUAACUGUGGACCAUUCCAGCUGCCAUGAUCAAUCGGCUGUUCUGGACAAGUGCAAGGCCACACUUCAGUUGCUUUUCAGUGUGCACUUGGGGGAAGCAGUUGUUGCCGAGUGUGUUGAGCUUUUAUUUUAAAUUAGUGCCAAAGUAUGAUCUGCAAGUUGAAGCUGAGCUCUUGUUCUUGUAAAUAAAAAAGUGAGAAACUG